UCAGCACAACAUUUGAACUACGCAUCGCCAAAAGUUUCAGAAGCGUACAGGCUAAUCAUCUUGUCUCUGCUAGCUCUCUCUCUCUCUCCUCGUCUAAUAUAUAGGGCAUCACUGCCAUCUCAAACACAUCAACCGAUCCACUGCCUAGAGCUAGCUCAACUGCUCGAGUGUUCGAUCGUCGGGAGCUCAAGAAAGGCGGCUGCAAUGGCUACCUCCUACCUUCUCCCUUGCUCUGUCCUCGUCACUGUGCUCGCGCUGUUCUCCAUCGACGUGGCGCAGGGCGCCAUCAGGGAGUACCAGUUCGAUGUGCAAAUGACGAACGUGACGCGGUUGUGCAGCAGCAAGAGCAUCGUGACGGUAAACGGCCAGUGCCCGGGGCCGACGAUCUUCGCGAGGGAGGGCGACCUCGUCGUCGUUCGGGUCGUCAACCACGUCCCCUACAACAUGAGCAUCCACUGGCACGGCAUCCGGCAGCUGCGGAGCGGGUGGGCGGACGGGCCGGCGUACAUCACGCAGUGCCCGAUCCAGAGCGGGCAGAGCUACGUGUACAAGUUCACCAUCACCGGGCAGCGCGGCACGCUGUGGUGGCACGCGCACAUCUCCUGGCUCCGCGCCACCGUCUACGGCCCCAUCGUCAUCCUCCCCGAGCUCGGCGUGCCCUACCCGUUCCCCGCGCCGCACAAGGAAGUCCCCCUCAUGUUCGGUGAGUGGUGGACGGCGGACACGGAGGCGGUGAUCAGCCAGGCUCUCCAGACCGGUGGAGGCCCCAACGUCUCCGAUGCUUUCACGAUCAAUGGCCUCCCUGGGCCGCUCUACAACUGCUCUGCAAAAGACACGUUCAAGCUGAAGGUGCAACCCGGGAAGACGUACAUGCUCCGGAUCAUCAACGCUGCACUCAAUGACGAGCUCUUCUUCUCCAUCGCCGGCCACCCGCUCACCAUCGUCGACGUCGACGCGGUCUACGUCAAGCCCUUCACUGUCGAGACCAUCAUCAUCACCCCGGGCCAAACCACCAACGUGCUCCUCACCACCAAGCCGUCCUACCCAGGCGCGACCUACUACAUGCUGGCUGCGCCCUACUCCACGGCGGCGUCCGGGACCUUCGACAACACCACCGUUGCCGGCAUCCUCGAGUACGAGGACCCCAGGUCCCCCUCCCCCGCGGCCUUCAACAAGAACCUUCCGGUGUUAAAGCCGACCCUGCCGCAGAUCAACGACACGAGUUUCGUCGCAAACUACACGGCCAAGCUCCGCAGCCUCGCCACCGCGCAGUACCCAGCCAACGUGCCGCAGGAGGUGGACAGGCGGUUCUUCUUCACGGUUGGGCUCGGCACGCACCCGUGCGCCGUGAACGGGACGUGCCAGGGGCCCAACGGCAGCCGGUUCGCGGCGUCCAUCAGCAACGUCUCCUUCGUGCUCCCGACGACGGCGCUGCUGCAGUCGCACUUCACCGGCAAGUCCAAGGGGGUGUACUCGUCCAACUUCCCUGCCGCGCCUCUGAUGCCGUUCAACUACACGGGGACGCCGCCGAACAACACGAACGUGGCCAACGGGACCAAGCUGGUCGUGCUCCCGUACGGCACCAACGUGGAGCUGGUGAUGCAGGGCACGAGCAUCCUCGGCGCCGAGAGCCACCCGCUGCACCUGCACGGCUUCAACUUCUUCGUGGUCGGGCAAGGGUUCGGCAACUUUGACCCUGUGAACGACCCGGCCAAGUUCAACCUCGUCGACCCCGUCGAGCGGAACACCGCCGGUGUGCCGGCAGCCGGGUGGGUGGCCAUCCGAUUCCGUGCAGACAAUCCAGGGGUAUGGUUCAUGCAUUGCCACUUGGAAGUUCACGUCAGCUGGGGCCUGAAAAUGGCAUGGCUGGUGCUGGACGGAGACCGCCCCAACGAGAAGCUUCUGCCUCCGCCGUCCGAUCUCCCCAAGUGUUAGAGGAUGCGCGGAAUUGAAGAUCGCCGUCAAUGGCCGUGAUUGAUUGGCACCGACCAUUUGGAACAGAGAUCGCGUGUUCUCCAAUUUGCAUAGGAUAUUUCGCUGCUUUUGCUUGUGUUGCGGUUGGUGUUAUGCAAUGCUUUUAUAGUGGUGUGCUUUUUCUUGUUGAGUCGUCAUCUGGUUAGCUGCUGCCAGUGUCACGGGCAGCUGCCUUGAUCAGAGCCUUCUUAGGCAACGGCUUUAUUUUUUGACUUAUUAUCAGUUGCCAUCUUUUGUAACAGGUGUGCUUCUCAAAAUAACAUGUACCACCAUUGGAAUUUCUUGAAGGAAUUUUUUUUUAUUUUUUCUUUUGCA